AAUCGCGAUUUCUAGUGAACCAAAUCAAUCUGUUCUAUCAAUUCCAUCACUCUGUUCCUAAGGGUCAUUUUCAAAAUACACGUGCAUUCUUAGUAAUUAAGGUUCAAACGAAUGCACUACAAUGUUUUCUUCUAUUAGUUAUUCUUCUACGAGCUAGUCCAUAAUGGUACGGACCAAAAAGUCACAGCCCAGUGCUGUAGAAUCAGGUCCUAAUCCUAAUUCUAGAAGCUCACCACGAAAGCGAAUUCACGAUGAAGACGACCAAAAAAACCCAGACAACCCUUCUAAACGACGUACCGGUCGAGCAACUGCUGUGACGCGCACUAAUGGUACUACAAAUGGUCACCACUCCGAAUACGAUUUUCCCUCCGACGAUGACGACCAAGCGAGUAUAGCCGUUAAAACGACACCUAGCAAAAAGAAGCAAUCUUCGACAGCAACGACACCGAAAGCCAAUGGAGAGGUAUCUACACCCAAGGGGCGUAAAAGGAAUGGGGCCGACGCAGUAACACCAUCCAAAACCCCCGCGCAAAGUGCGCAAACUCCAAGAUGGAAACGAAACGAUCGUUCGGCCAGGAAAAAGAGUGCAAGAGCUUUAAUUGAACAGGUCGUAGGUGGAGAUGGGAGUGAUGAAGACGCAGAUGAAGAUAUUGCAAGAGAAAUCUACGAAUCAAGUGACGGGGAAGAAGAUGAAGACGAAGAUGAGGAGAACGUUCCGGACGAAGCUGCGACCCCUUCUAGUAAACCUCGUCGCGGUCGACCAAGGACGAAAGAUGCAGCGAAGCGGACUAGGAAGAAAUCGCCAACUCCGCCUCGAGAUUUACCACCACACGAAUUGUAUUUUGCGCAAAAUCGACCAGGUGCCUCGAAGACGUCUAAUAAUACCCUCGCACCCCUUAAACUCCUUACCCAUGACGAAUACUUCUCGAUCCUACGUGACUACCAAGACCCACAUGCCGAAGAUGUCGAGUUUCUCGAGUCGAUACACGUCGAGUUUUUCCCGCAAUGGACAUUUGAGUUGUCUCAAGGAUUCAGCAUAUGUUUGUACGGGUACGGAUCGAAGAGAGCACUGCUGCAUAGGUUUGCGAAGCACGCAUAUGACAAAUACCCAGAUCAUGUCGCCAACAAGAUCGUCAUCAUUAAUGGGUACGUGAGGACUAGUUCUCUGCGUGAGAUGCUAGGCACCGUUGCGAGUGCGGUUGAUCCUGCUCACAAGAUACCAGCUGGCAAUGCUUCGGCUAUGCUCGAAAGCGUGAAGACAUUGCUAUCAUCUCACGAAGUGGUCGUUACAGUCAUUUUAAACUCAGUCGAUGCUACGCCUUUGCGAAGGCCCGGGAUACAACCUGUCCUCGCUCAAUUGGCGGCGCAUCCCAAUAUUCGGCUCAUCUGCUCUGCCGACACACCCGACUUUCCACUCCUCUGGGAUAGCAGUUUGCGAUCUUCAUUCAACUUCGUGUUCCAUGACUGUACAACCUUUGCGCCAUACACGGCGGAGCAUGAGGUCGUAGAUGAUGUUCACGAGCUUUUAGGUCGCAAGGCAAGACGGGUUGGAGGAAAAGAAGGUGUUACUUACGUCCUACGCAGUUUGCCUGAGAAUGCGAAGAACCUAUUUCGUCUAUUGGUUGGUGAAGUUCUUGCGGCUAUGGAUGAUGAAGGUGCAUCCGAUGGUGAAAACCCUGGUGUCGAGUAUAGGAUGCUCUACAACAAGGCGGUUGAGGAAUUCAUUUGCAGUUCGGAGAUGGCUUUCCGGACAUUGCUGAAAGAAUUCCAUGACCAUCAAAUGAUUACGAGUCGCAAGGAUGUUUUAGGAACGGAACUCUUGAGCGUGCCUUUCCAGAAGGAAGAGCUCGAGGGAAUAUUAGAAGACCUCAUGUCAUAAGAGGUUAUAUAUACCAGGCGAUUAUCAUUAUCAUAUUAGGCAUUGCGAUUAGACAAAAGGAGGCAUAGGCAUGGUUACCACAUAAUAUGCAUGCAUUAGAUACCCUUCGAUAUCA